ACACACACACACACACACACACACACACACACACACACACACACACACACACACACUCUCUCUCUCUCUCUCGCGCGCGCACACGCGGAACACUACCCGGAGGUCCAUGGCAGCUCUGGGCGUUCAGGUUCCUCAGAGAUGAGCUUGACACCCGUCCUGGAGGAAACGUUGAUCAAACGUUCUCAGCAGAAGAAGCGAACGUCUCCGCUCAACUAUAAAGAGAGGGUGUUUGUGCUCACCAAGAGCAAACUCACGUACUAUGAGCUCAGAGCUGAGAAGAGGCUGAAGAAGGGCUCGGUGGAUCUGCAGAGGAUCAAGUGUGUGGAGAUCGUGAAGAACUGCGCCUCCAUCAUCCCCUGCCAGAAUAAAUACCCCUUCCAGGUCGUCCAUGAUUCCACCACGCUGUAUAUUUUCGCUCCCAGUAAUGAGAGUCGAAACGUUUGGGUCCAGAACAUCAAGGAAGAGAUAAGGCACAAUCCUCAUAUCGCAGCCAAGUUCCACCCUCAGUUCUGGCAGGAGGGCGAGUGGCUGUGCUGUGGACAAGUGGAUAAACUCGCGCCGGGAUGCGAAGGCUACAACCUGUUCGGGGAUGUUUCCCGUAAACCUCUCCCUCCGGUUCCUGGAGACGACAGCGGCGGCUCAGCGGCUCGCCGGCCGCCCCCGCCUCCCCCACAGGCACAGGAAGAGGCGGGGCCUGCACAGGAAGUGGUCAUCGCGCUGUACGACUUCAAAGGGCUGGAGCCUCACGAUUUGACGCUGAAGACGGGUGAAGAGUACGUGAUCCUGGAGAAGUGUGACGUCAACUGGUACAAGGCCCGAAACACACACGGAGACGAGGGCUACAUCCCAAGCAACUACGUGACGGAGAAGGAGUCCGACACACUGGAGCAGUUCAUAUGGUUCUGUAAAAAUGUAAAUCGCAGCAAAGCAGAAGAGCUGCUCAGGAAAGAGGGUAAGGAAGGGGGGUUCAUGGUUCGAGUGUCCAGCAAUACAGGGACAUACACUGUGUCACUGUACACCAAGAACACGGGGGAUGGCGUAGGUACGGUCAGACAUUACCAGAUCAAAGAGACGCACGGCUCGCCGCCGCAGUUCUACCUGGCAGAGAAGUACGUGUUCGGCAGCAUCUGUGAGCUCAUCGAGUACCACAAACACAACGCGGCGGGACUCGUCUCCAGACUCCGGCACGCGGUGGGAGACCAGACCAGAGGAGCCCCGCCCACAGCCGGCUUCAGCUACGAUAAAUGGGAGAUCAACCCGUCGGAGCUGACCUUCAUGAAGGAGCUGGGCUGUGGCCAGUUUGGAGUGGUGCGACUGGGAAAGUGGAGGGCGCAGCAUAAAGUGGCCAUUAAAACCGUCAGGGAAGGAGCCAUGAGUGAAGAUGAUUUCAUAGAGGAAGCCAAGAUCAUGAUGAAUCUGUCCCACCGUAACCUGGUGCAGCUGUACGGUGUGUGUACGCAGCAGAGGCCGAUCUAUCUGGUGACGGAGUUCAUGGAGCUGGGCUGUCUGCUGAACUACCUGCGGCAGCGGAGAGGAGCACUGGGAGCACUGGAGCUGCUGGGAAUCUGCCACGACGUCAGCCUGGGCAUGCAGCAUCUGGAGCAGAACGGCUUCAUCCACCGAGACCUGGCGGCCAGGAACUGUCUGGUGAACAGCUCACUGGUGGUGAAGGUCUCAGACUUCGGGAUGGCCAGGUACGUUCUGGACGAUCAGUACUGGAGUUCGUCCGGAGCGAAGUUCCCAGUGAAAUGGUCUCCUCCUGAAGUCUUCAACUUCUGCAAAUACAGCAGUAAAUCUGACGUCUGGUCCUUCGGUGUGUUGAUGUGGGAAGUCUUCACGGAGGGGAAGAUGCCGUAUGAACAGAACCAGAACCACGAGGUGGUGAUGAUGGUCACUCAGGGACACCGGCUCUAUCGGCCCAAGAAAGCGUCGGCUCGCAUCUACAAUAUCAUGCAGAUGUGCUGGAUGGAGAAAGCGGACGAGCGGGCGAGCUUCACCGAGAUCUCACACAUGAUCACCGACGAGCUGGAGGACGACGGACACGAGCUCCGAUUGGACGGUCUGACGGUCACGUGACGUGUGUGUGUGUGUGUGUGUGUUUCUGCACAUGAACUGAUUCCUCCUCAUAUGAGGCCUUUAUUUAUGGCUCUGUUCCUCCAGUCAGAGUGUGUGGGACAUCAGAACAAUCCUGCGUCUGGAAUCUGAAUCAUGACAUAAAAACUUACAACAUUUAGUCUUACUAACCUCACUGAAAAUGUGAAUGUAUGGCUUUUUAUCCAAAUUUUGACUUUUUCAUCUCAUAAUUAUAAUUUUGUAUGUCAUAAUUUUAACUGUCAUAAUUUAGCAAAUCUUAAUUCCAACUUUUCAUCUCAUUUACAUAAAUGAGUUCUGAUUUAUAAAAGGUUAUUUAUUUGCUUGUGGCAGAAAUGUGCUUCUAUAAGUGUGUUGAUCAGUGUUGAAUAAACUUCAGAUGGCAUUUACA